UACUGGGGAGGCAGGAAAGCAACUCGGGCAAGAAUCACGACCAGCAUCGCGGAAAAUGGCGCACAUCAAACGCGCUAACGGCGUGGCCCAGCCUUUCAACUUGCUGAAAAGUCUAAUGCAUGAGGUCGAAAUCAGAAAGAUAAUAGACUUGGCCGAUGAGCAUGAGCCUGCAUACCACAAGCCAAGUCUGGCAAUGAAGCUUGCGCGCGACGCUUUUUUGCAUCUGAAGAAGGUCGAGAGGUUUGGCGCAGCCAAGUAUGGGGCGCUGGAGUUUCCUGGUCGAUUGGAGGAAGCCGAGGAGAAUUGUAUACUGCUACUCUUACGGCAAGAACAGGAUUAAUGCCUGGUGUGUGGCCUAAAUUUAUCUUCUAUAGGAUCCGGAUCUAGGUCCUUCAUCACGUGUGGAUCACUGGAUUCGCCAGCACGAGCAAGAAUGAUAAAUACUUGCGCUAAUUUUCAGGCUGUUGUCUGCAGGGGAGCUAAACGCCUUGGGGUUCGAGGCGUGUCUGUAUAUUAGCGAAAAAAAGCCGGACCAUGAGUUUUUUGUUCCGAACCGUAGACUGGGUCCAUGGGGCGCAGGGGACUUUAUGAAGACAGGAAAACUUUUACUCAUGUUCAGAGACCAGUCUCCCAGGUCCAAGAAGUAGACGACAGAGGAUAGACUUUUCGGAGGGGGAGGACGAGUAAAGAUGAUUUUCCUGUCAUAGUUUGCUUUCGAUCUCGAUGGCGUUACCUUUACAAGCAGGGAUAUCGGCAAGAUUCUUAUGCAUGGUGAGGUAACUAAGUAACUUAUAAGUAGCUAGACUUCCGCUUCGUGUGCCUGCUCCCUACUGUGAAACUUUUGGAAUAGCGGUCCUCUACCUUUAGCAGAAUCCUCCGGAUAGCGCGUUUUUUAUGUCUGGUUCGUUACGGGUAGAAAAGCGAUUCUGUUCUUGCCUCUUUCAUAGAUUGCACGAUGAAAAGUGGGAGCCGAGACCGGGUGUGUGCUGUCAUGGGUUCGACAAGCCGGGGCAUUUCGUACGCAGUCUUCGAGAUGUUUCGCGUGACGUCCGGUGUGUGGAUUCCCGACAGCGGAACCUUGUGUGGGCAUCCAUGAUAAUGACCGGAGAUGGGCGCCUGUUUGAUGAGAUGGUAUAUGCGAGUAAAAAACAUAAGGACUGUAUGGCGAGGUCAACACUAUAUUUCUCGGAUACAUAUAAAAUUUUUACCUUUUCACUAUAGUCCCCACUUAGAAUAGGCGACAUCUAGAGGCGAUAAGAGGCUUAUAGUCUAAGGGCUGUCACUAGCUAGUUAAACUAGAUAGUUAAAUAAGGAGAUAAGGAGGGUGGCCCGACGAAGCGAGCCAGAUUUGGACAGCAGAAGCGGGGGUCUGGAGCUGGAGGAAAAGGAGGUGGACUGGGAUCUUUCAGCUUGUUCGUCGCUGGCUUUGGGUCGGAACGCUCCGCGAAGCAACGAGAGGCCAUUACGCUGAUUCUGUCUAAUUCAAGCUAAGACUAGCUUGAAAAGCUCUAGCCCACUCUCUCAGGUGGUCCUCUGUUCUAAGUGUUGGAUUAUGAGGGGAAAUGGAUGAGAAACCAAGUAGAAUUAUAGAGAUUCGACUGAGACAAGAUCUAACAAGGGGAUCCCUGAACAAAGACCACGAAGAUCGAGCCUGGAAGAUCAACGAUGACGAGCGAACUCAAUGGAAGAACUUGCGACUUGCUUCUUGCGAUUGCUCUCAGGAGGUCCAAGCUAUGGCUAACCAUUCUCAUUCGAUUGAGCUCCCACUUUCUCACAGGAUUUGUUGGCCACUCUUUCAGAUUUUUCUUCUCUACAGACUAGAAGCGGGCCACUUACCUCGACAAACAAACUGAGGCCGAGUGUCUCGAUGUCUUUUGUGAGCACAUUGAUCAAUCAUUUAGAUACAUGCGCGGCCAUGAACUCAGUGCAGACCUCUUCGUUAGACCUAAAGAAAACUUUCAUGAUUCUGGAGCGUCUGACGGGGCGAGAUGGUUGCCAAUUCAACUUAAAGGCACAAGAAAACGGACUGCAGCCUGGUGCAGAAAAAUCAAGCGGGUCCUUCACAAUCACAAAGAGCAACUCCGUGGGUGCCUGUUGCUAGGAGUGCGCUCUUCUGCAGAAGACCUCACUUUCUGCCACCCAGUUCACCGGUCGCACGACUACGAGACGCUCGACGUCAAUUAUCACGCUUACGACUUCAAUCGCCAGGGCCUCGUCGUGGAGCUGCGUCGAAUAUUCCGCACCGGUUUGGGAGUGAGCCUGGAUAUUGCAAACCAAGGACUAGCCACCUGCCGCGCCAACCUCGUCGAGAACUCUGCUCGCACUAGCUUCAUUCGUGCGAUCCAGAACACGGGGCUGCAAUACCUUGCAGCCGAGCGCGAAUUCCAUGCAGUAGACGGCUACCUUCGAUGGAAGAACCUGCCGGGCCGACAGUAUCGCGCUCAGGAGAAAGUCCUGACCAUACGCAAGCACGAAGGAAGAGCAGCCUCGUCGCGGGUGCUUUUGCGACGGUAUCAUGUUGCUUUAUGGCUGCUGUAUUCAAAUAGAAGCAGCACAGAGACGAGCUGAAGGCCCUAAGUAUCUUGGUCCCCAUUUACAAAACAGAUCUACUGGGGGCACCUAUGGCCACGACGAAGCCGAUUUUCUACUGCUCCACGCGCGUUCAGAUCUUGCGGACACCAAUGGACUCAACUUACACGGCAGCGCCCUUAUACCAUUUGAAGAGCUUGACUCUGCGGGCUUUCUCCGGAGUGAUUUGCUUGGGUACUAAGCGCGAUCUCUCAAGCUUCUCCGUUUUGUGUGCUCUCAUACCGAGUCCACUCAAGGCCUCAAGUUACGCUCCUCCAAGUGGUGGCUACUUUAUAUAUCAUCUCCACAUCAUUCACCACCAAGCGCCCGGGGAAGUCGACGCUGACACUGUACCCAGAUGCGCCAGGUGUACUACGCCCACGCAGCGGAGGACUAGAAGACUACUAUCGACAAGCCAACUCAAGUUGUGGCCAAGAACUUGGCAAGAUUCUAGAGGAGCAAGAUGCAUCAUUCGGCAGCGGUUUUACAACAGGCCAGGUCUAUGAUUCUCCAGCAGAAACGUGCGCUAUCCAAUAAGGAAACCCAUAAGGGAACGACUUUCAUUUGAUUCGUCACACUUCAAGAACAACUACCUUACUCAAGUGGGGCCCUUCAACUCGAACUCUGCAACAGUCUGCACAAAUACAAGCAUACUACUACAAGAACAGAAAACAACUUAAAGCAACAUCAUAAGACAGGAACAAAACUAGGGAUGGGGGCUCGUCUUACGCUUCAAGUAAGCUUAUGGCGCUUAAAUAGCAUGACCUCAAUCAUCGGCCGAGUCUCUGACUAGAUGAAUUCAAUUAUGUAAGUAUAUUUUCUAAGUGAUGAGGCUGGUGGGGAUUCUGUGGCUCUCAUGGUAAUAUGGAGAGCGAAGCACAACUUAAAAAGACACGACCAGACUGGACUUAAUUCGAUGACAAAACCAAUGGGAAAGAAUUAGCUACCUCUAUGAUAUCGGUCACUUUUAUGAUGCGAGUUCUUACGUUCAACGGCUCGCCCGAGCCUCUGCGAAAAAUAUCUGAUAAUAGCCCUCGGGCGCUUUCGUGUCGACUCUAGUAGCUUGUCUGCCGUAAUUAAUAUCGAGUAGCAAACUGAUUUACAAAGUUCACUUAUGACAUCUAACAAAAAACAUCUUCCGCGUCAUCUUCAAACUCUAGCAAUAGUCCCUCCUCCUCAUCGUCAGAGAUCGCAGCUGCCUGAGCUACACCCAGCUGCUUCAGUUGCAACUCUCCAACAUCAGCUCCAUUCUCCUGCGCGAUGUGAGGAAACAGCUCCGCCUUGAUUCGAGCCCGGAUAUCGCCUACCGCGUCGAUCUCAGGCGCAACGGGAGCUAUAGCAGGACGCGCAUUGCCAGGCCAGUGGACCCUGAGACUAUCGAUCUUGUUUCCUUGUGCGUUGCGAUGCGAUCUGACUUGUGCCACGACGACGCUGGGCAUUUGCGCGGUCGAAUAAGCCUCGAGCUGCAGCCUAGCAGCCUCACGCGUGAGGGCGUUGCCAUUCUUGGGCCUCUUAAGAACUGGAGCAGCAGAAGACGAGCUACUCGCAGCGGCUUUUGCCUUUGGCUUCUUGCGUUUCUUCGAUGCAGCGAUCUGGGUCUCGUCCUUCAGAGCACCUGCGCUCUGGGCUACUACAUGCGUCUUAGUUGCUCGGCGCUUAAGCACAUCAACAAGCCGAGGAUCUAGAGCUCCAUUCUUGUGCCGCUCCGACAAGCUGCGUAGAUGAUGCGAUGGGACAUCCUCUAGCACCUCAGCCGAAAGAUCGCACGCGCGACAAACUGGACCCAUCAGCGCGAUCUGAUUCUGUUUCGCCACCGCAGCGCAUCGAACCGAGAAGCGUAGGCGCCUCGUGCCGUGAUCCAGAGUCCUGGCUGCGUCAAGACGACGGAGGUUCCUGCAGCAGAGCGAGCGGUCUGGAGAGAUCCUUCGCACAAGUCGAAUUCAUGAAGUAGGCCAGUCACCACCUCGGCACUGUCCUCACCUGUUGGCCAGAACGCUGCGUUUCCAUUGCGAGGACCAAGAUACACACCACCGACCCAGCCGCUGAAGUAGCGGCGAAUCGCGAUCCAGCGCGAAUUGAUCCGAAGGACGCAAAAACCGUACAAGUCGACUCUCUGCUGGAUCAGUUUCUUCUCUCCGAGCAGCUUGGACAUCGAGACCUUCGCCUUCAGCUCCUCUGCAGUCUUCAGAUCUGGGCUCUGUAUGAUGUGCCAGAUCUCAGCAGCUCUGAACCCCAGACGCUCCGGCUUGAAAGCGCUCGCGCGCUCAUCUCGCAUCAAGUUGAUCACCUCACGAAGCCCCACUGGCAAACGUCGAAGAGGAUCGUCUGUGAUGUACUCGAUUGAGUCCUUCAUGUCCUUGAAGAAGUCAGUCUGCCACGCCGAGAUGCUCUCUUUGUCCACUUGCUGGAGGCUCACGCGAUGACUCACCCGCUGUCGUAGUUCGUCGGGAGUUCCGUUCGCAGCAGCAACAGCCGCUGCCAACUCCUCUAACUCGUCUGGCAAGAGCAUUGGGCGGGGAUUGUUCACAUGCCCGAGCGGCUUCGGAUAGCGCUUAUGACUGCGACGCUGCUGCUGGCAGGCCUUCGACGCUCCAGACUGUUCUGCUGAACAGUGAGUCUUAUCCUGGAUGCGACGUUCUUUCCAUCGCGCCUCGAUAUCUUUCUCCGUAAUCGGAAAAGAGCGAAGAGUGCGGUAGACAUUGUUGGCUAUCAUCUCGUCACGCUGUUCUUCAUGCGCUCGCGUCAUCCGCUUGCAAUUCAACGACAACAAGAAGGAGCAACAGUUCUCGACGCGAGGAAGUGCUUCAACGGGCAACGCAAGACGCUCCAUCGCCAAGCUUUCCCACAGCCCAGGUUGUGGGUCGGCAAAGUCUGCCAUGUAGUUGCUGAUGAUGUUCCCGGCUAAUUUGAGUGCUGCUCUACAAUGCUGAUCCGACCGGUGUGAAACCGCAAAAGCUCCAGCAAACAACGACUUCCAGUGGUCGAGACGCCUCGCACCUAGGUAGUCCUGCACAUCUGGAGCUGUUAGACGAGUGGACGGAGCAAGAUCAAGAUCCAAAAAACGGCGACCACUUUCAAGAAGUUUCUCAGUUGCUAGUGCUGGUUCUUGUGCGUUCGUCGUAUUCAGCGACUCGAGCAUCAAAGACAAAUCGUAGCGACCAGCCGAAGCGUCAACCUGCGCCCGUAGAUCCACGUCCGAAGUUUGUUCUAGUAGUUUUUUCAUGUCAGGCGGAUGCGCACAGAGGAGCUUCUUCUUGUUCUCCGUCUCGUCAUCUUCUGUGUCGAUGUGCAGAGCAUUUUGGCCACCUGCUUGCUCUUCUUGGUUGUUCUGAGGCCGACCUCGACGAGCCUGCGCAGGACAUGGCGCAAGCGGAUCCAUCGCCGCCAAGGUAUACAAAAUCUUGUACUUCUGCUGCAAUAGCGCCUGGCUGCCCGUGGUAUCUCGAAAGAGUCGAGCGUUAGUACCAUGGAACAAGUUAACACCUGGCGAAGAUGAAACAAAAGGGGUAGGGGUCAGAGGGGGGGCAUAUAUACCUGACAAAAUAAAUAGCCACUUCCAUCCACUAGUGGUGGCUAGCGAAGUUUGGAGCUCAAAAGCAGAGGGUCAGAACCCCUUCCAGAAGGAGAGGCCUGAAGAGGAAAACCGUGACAACCUGAACGAUUUCAAGAAGAAAGCUCUGGCUAAGAAAGGAGACGAGCCCAUCUGCAGCAAGUUCCAGCAUCAAACUACAAGCACAACGUCAUAAAGGAGCAAGAACAAUGGAUAAGUACGCUCAGCCAUCGCCUCCUUCAGAGUAUCCAAUCCAGCUUCACGAAUAACGUCACCCGUAUAAGGCCGAUCAAUCUGCUCAGCUGUGCUGGCCUGCGACUGCAGCGAUUUGAGCGCUUUGCUAAAGUUGCCUUGGUUUUCUUUGGACCCUUUGGGUCCGACCAAAAAGCUCCUCCAUCCUCCGCUGAGUUCAUGAGCUGCAGGCGAUAGAUUCUUGCAGUCGUUCGAAAAGCGGCGGUCUAUACCACUGCGGUAAGCCGCAGGGAAGACCGUCGUCAUCAACUGGACAAAUCUGCUCUCGCUCGAGCCCUGGCCCGGUAAAAUGUGCAGGCUGCAGUCAGUAGUAUCAUCUUCCAGUGGACCAGAAUCGACAUCCCGGCACUUCAUGUCCCUGCCACGUAGUUGCUUUUCGACAUAUUUCGAACCAAAUACCGCCGAGGCAAAAUGGAGAAACGCACACGCCGAGCAGACUGCUGCGUCUUUGUUCUGUCGUGCUGUGAGGCAGUUCUUCCUGGCCGCAGCAAGGGGCAUCGGCCACAUAUACAACUCCUCGUAGGUUGUGUCCCCUUCUGGCAAAGCAACGUCGUCCACCCAGCAGAACUAGAAGGGGACGCUGUGACUUUGUGGGAGGGGAGUGAAAACGCAGGAGCUGUAGAUCUAGCUGCAAGUAACCAAAUCAGAAGAAAUAGAAAGAAAUAGAUGAGAAUCGUCCUCCGAAUAGUCUACCAGUCGAAUGAUCCAAUUCCUCGCCGUGUCUCAGUCUUGACCCAAGUAGAAACCUUAGAGACGUCUUCCUUACAUUCAUCCCAAAUGUAUGACUCUUCCGCGCGGAGGAAUAGUCAUACACGAGCACGAAGUUGUUGGAGUUGGAUCCAAUCGGAAUCGUAUAAGCCUUGCCAAUCAGAACUCCAGCCGGGUCUGAAGUUGAUCGAGUCAUCAAGCGCAGGCUGGUCAUCGUUCGACAGAUUUGGCGUAUCGCCAGAGCCUGGGGCGAGUUAAUUAUAAGGCAAGGAUAGAGAAUAGAUCAAACGUCGAUGAGGAAACACUUCCAAAAUGGUGGGUGACCCUUUAAAAGUAAGUGAAAGCGAAGCACUUCCUCGCCCCGAUGGAGUCCCUACUACGCCAACAUCUUCAGUCUGGGCCUCCUCUAGAAUCAUCGAAGGAAGAACAUAGAAAGCGCCUGCUCUCUCAUUCGUUGCGUUGCGGGGUCUCGGGCGAUCGCUCGCAUCUGCUCGGCUUCACAAAACUGCUCUACCUCAUAGGCUACAGCGUGGCAGUUCAGGAAGCUGACGCUCUCGAUCAGGUGCCUAAACUUGCGCGUCGCGAUGAUAUUGGCCCAAGAAGCGUCACCUAGCUCCCCCUUCUGAUAGGCUAACGCAGCACACUGUCGAGAAUGAGCGUGAGCAUCGUGGAGGAGUCCAACAAGCCAACGGUGGGGAGGGGCAGGCGGUGUGUUUUGUUGGGAGAGGGAAUCAUAUUGCAAACGAGAUCAAUCGAAGUGCAGUAGCCAAGAGGUUUCAUCUGUAGUUCAUAGAUGUUGCAGGUCAACUACAGCCAUACUGGAGAUGUGGAGAAACAGCAAAAGGAGACACAAGAUAGCCGUCUCUCAUAAGUGGGGCACCAACUGCCUGGCGCUUCCCUGCGUUUUGAAAGGCGGCACAGCGCAACUGUGCUUCCGAGAGAUUUCAUGAUGGAGCCCCUUGAGUUUCUUAUCGCAGUUCGUACCAUAUGCAGCGAAGAGGCUCCUCAGAUAGAACGCGAGUUGACCUGUUCGAUCAUCUCGAAAAUGAGAGCCCCAGGCCGUACUGCGAGCAUUCCGGUACCGUGGUCGGCGACCGUUGUUAUCAGCUGCAAUUAGAGCGCUGCCACCUCCGUGGUUGUCUCCCUGCUGCGCCGGCAUUUUUCUUAAGGUGGCUCAACUUACAGACUGGCCUUCUCCGAGUAGUCUCCUCAGUUGCACCCUUUUCAGCUACUUGCCAGGCAUGUUGUAAAUAAAGAGCUGAUCGCCGUGACUCAACUGCACAGAUAGACGACUCCAGCUUCUUCUUUAGUAGUUGCGUUUUCAGCUGUCAUCUUCUUUCACUCUCUAAAACGCGGACACCCUGCGAGAUUGAUACGAGUUACCGGGGGGGCUGCUGCCGAAGCGAUGGCCAGUCCAGCUUCUAAAAUAGCACGAGAAUCUUAUGGCUUUUGCUUGAGGGUGUGCGAUCGAUCCUCAAAGGAAACGAUCACAAGGAGGCAAGCCUCCAAAUAGAAGCGGUGGUCUUCAGUGCUCUCAUGCUUAAGGUCUAUCAGAUCAACAUCAAAGGAGAAACAAAAAGACCUAAGAUAAGGACGAGACGAACGCCAGUAAGUUUUUACUUUUUAAGCAUCUUCUUGCUGGUAAUCGAGUAGCAUCAUCAAGCUAAAACAUGAAACGAGUACUAUCGCAAGACAUGAAGAAACAAGACGAAAUAUUCAGACCCUAAACGAUAGAAAGACGCAGCUUCGCGCCUUCUUGUUCUAUUUAAUUAGAACCAUCACCCCGAGACUCCUUGUUAUUCGUCUCUUCCUUAGAUUCACCACGUCGAGCUUCCUCCUUAGUCUUUCUUCACAGCCGUGGCCUUCUUUUUCGGCUGAGCCUUCCCCUUUGGCUUCGCCUCCUUUUUGCCGCGGACGAGAGGCUCACCAUCGGAGUUCUUGUUUUCCGGCGCGACAGCGGACGCAGCAGGCGGCGGCAGCGGCAUAGCCUGUCUUGGAUGAUCAGUGCUGCUGCUAGGACCAGGCGGACCAGCAACGACGGGAGCCGGAGCGUUCAUCAAAGCAGGCAGGUUAGCAGCAGGCGGAGGAGGAAGCUGCUGUUUUAAGUGGGUAGCUGUAGUCUCAAGGAGCAGAGAGGAUAGGGAGAUCGUGACUUGAUGUUCGAAUAGUUUUAAAGAGCUUCCAUCUUCAAUAGAAGCAAGACUAUACUUCAGAACUCUAAAAAAUCAAAAAAGUGCAGCCAGCUGCAUGCUGAAAGUGCCCGGCGUGGCACCCUGGGCCGUCGCGAGUUUCUGGAUCUGCUUCGCCCCUUCAGCUUGAAGGACUUUCUGCAAGCAGGUCGCCAUGUCAGGCAAAGCCUGGCACGCAGCUUGCAGCUUGAGCAAGGGGAUUUGAUUGGAUAACCAAUACCCCAACGUACGCAGCGAGAAGUGUCCAUCGCGGGCACACUGCUGCACCAAGACACCAUCUCCGACACCAAUGGCAUCCAGCCAAUAUUUGUGCAUGCACUCGUGAGCGAUGCGUUGGGAAGCUGCGACCUGGCUCAUCUGGCAGACGCACGCGAUCAGAGUCACGAUCUCCGCCAAAGUGAUCUGCCCGAUCGCUGAGCAAGGUGGUGUUAUGAGUAAUAAAGCGAAGAACCAGGGGGGGAUAGGAGGUGGAACCGGGUUCGUGGUAGAGGAGAAGUAGAUGAUUAGACUCAUGCUAGCAAGAUCGAAACUGCACCAGGAAGCAAGUCGAGCGAGAUGAACAGAAGAUGACGCAAAGACUUCUAUCCUACUCAAAGCACAUCGAUAAGGGAAAGAACUACCAUCACCAAGUAGAUUCCAAGUAGAUAAAUACUCGAAAUCUUUUGGAAGCUCGCGCUCUGGAGCUGCGUCAGAGGACAGUAUCCAGUCUCAAAAGCGCGGAGCUCGCUGAUGCGCUCGUGCAUAAGCUCGCUGCGACUGCGCAACUCGUUCAGCGUCAGCUUGCGCGUGUCCUUCUUCCACUCGGCCCUCCCUAGAGGUUCACCCUUCUUAGUGGACGGCAUUUUUGUCCUUGGAAAUGCUUGUAGACUUCCCAACUCAAUUAAUAAGGAUGAACUGGCUCGGGAUUCACACAAGUGAGCCUAUUAGACUAAACAACAACACAAGGAAACAUAGUGCAUUUUGUUGAUGGCCUUUUUUCCUUUAUUCGUAAGCUAGUUUCAUUUUGCCUUUUGCUUUUUUCAUCUUAAUGCUACUACUAGAAACUUCUCUCGUCCCCUUAGCUCUCCUGUCCCUCAGCAUGCUCUCUCUCUCUAAUCCCUCGUGGAUAUAAGUUGUUGAAGCCGAUAGAAGUCGUCGCUUCUCCGCCCGGUGCGCUUGCAUCGUCAUCGCAUUCGUAUGGCGGGCCUUGCGCUCUCUGUGUUAGUUCUAGCCCCACUAGAAAAGUAGGCCAAACACCCCAGCAGUCUGAAAGGUUCCCGAUGAUUCAGAGAAAGCAAGUUCAAAUAUUAUGACGCCGAAGCGUAUCUCCAUAGAGUUCCGACGUUUUUCCUUCUUGUGUGGUCCUCAUGUGCUCAGCCUUCAUCUUCAGGAUGCCGCGCCGGAUUUGCUGCGCUGAGACCUAGAUACACGCGAUGUGGUGGCCAGGGUUCAGCCUGUUCCGACCCAAAGCCAGCGACGACCCUUUCGAAAAAUCCCUUCUACCAGCCUCUUCGUCCAGCUCCAAACGCACCGACGCUGCCUCCAAAAUGCUGGCUCCUCUUCUUGGGCCAGCCUCAAUCUACCUAAGUUAACUAUCUAGUUUAACUAGCUAGUGACAGCCCUAAGACUAGAUAGCCUCUAUUCGCCUCUAGAUAUUGCGCACUUCAAAGGGGGUUUUAAGUCAAAAGGUAAAAAUUUUAUAUAUAGUUGAAAAAUAUAUUGUUGACCCAGCCAUAGACUGGAAAUUAGUUCCUCCACGUCACCCAUGCCUCGACGAAAUAGUCAGGGAGAGCGUCGCCCGAGUCCUUUCGCAGGAAGAAAACCCUCGGAACGGGAGGCCCCUGGACUUGGGAGCACUCCUGGACCUGAACUCUCUGGACCAGUUGGACUUACAGGGCAAUCACCUGCGGGACAGCUUCGAACAACAUGCGCGACGGUCUCUUGAGUGGAACUUUUGUCGAGCAGAUGCUCGUUGGAUCGAUAGCGAUCUUGGUUGCAUGCCUGUCCUCGGAGAGGAGGAGUGGAACCUUUAUCCGAAGCAUGAGUUCUGGGCGGAUCUCAUUCAGAAAAAGCUCCAGCUGUUGUAUCUCAAGACGGUGCAGCCUUUAGCCUUUAGAAUACCGGUUCCACCACGUAAUCUGGAAAUCCGCGAGGCCUUUCUUUUCUAUGACUUCGACUGGCUGAGCCUUUUGAAAACCAUAUACUGCUGGCCAGAGGAAACGAGAAAGGAAGUGAUUCACUCUUCUGUUAUGGAUUUGCGAGAUCUGAUUGGUAACAUGUUCAGCAUCAUGGAUUGGGAGGAGGCGCUGGGGCGCGAUUUGUUCGACGCGGACGGCUAUGCGGAGUGCCUCUACUAUCUAGCGGCGAUUCUGGUGCGCAAUCGGGAAGCGUUUCCGACAUUCGCCGGUGAGCAGGUGGCGUUAGUUUUGUCGUGUAACUUCCGCACCAGCACAGACACUAAAGCUGCUGACCGCCUAGAUACGAAGCGCUUGGUGAAAGCCAUGGACGCCCAGAUUCGCGCGAGCGACCUCGCAGAGCUGCGCCUCUUCGAGAAUCGCAGAAGCUCUGUGAGCGACUAUUUUGGUUUUCUGCAGAAAUUGACAGAAGAGCCGAAAUUGUUGAACUUCGUCGAUCCAAGCUUACUGGUCAACUACUUCAGUUGGCUUGAUAAAGAGCUGCCCCGUCUUAGGGGAGCCGCUGACAAUUUGAUCGGGCGUCCCAGGCUCGGGGCGUUCGACUUUGGUCCGGAUUCAGAGAAUGAAGAAUAGGGCGCAGACAAUGCAAAAGGCGAAGACGGGGGGCCAGACGCUGUCCCGAAUGAAGGAGCAGACCAAGGAGUAUGAACUGCCUAACAAAUCCAGAAGAGUGUAGCUACAGAAAAGUCGCGCGUUUUGGCGGAACGUAUUACAGAGAUAACCCAUUGUGUAUGCUCGUCUAUGUAUGAUCGCCUGUGCCUAUUUCUAUUGACUUGGAAAUCAAUCAUCAAGAACAAUGUCAAGAGCCUAGCUCCGUUAUGAUUUCAUCCAUGUGGCAGAUCGUAAACAUAGUAGAAUAGAAUCACUGUGAAUGGCCCUUAACAUUCUCACCCUCCCACUCUCGGCAUUCGUGUCUAGCAUUUCCAUCAUUUUUUGACCGCGACUUCUUCUAGUGAAACAAGUCAGUGCUUACGUCUGAUUCGAGGCAGCCAACGACAAAAAGUAGACCCCACGCAGACCCUUCCAACCCCUCCAGCACAUAAAACUUAGACUUUCAAGAAUAGUACAAAGAACACAAAACACCUAUAAGAAUAAAAAAAAUAGUUGUACUUAUAUCAUUUUAAAACAUGAUUAGCAU